CACUGCUGGGCACUGACUGGCGGCACUGACUGGCACAACCCCUGGGCACUGACUGGCAGCACUGCUGGGCUGCACUGGUGGGUGGCACGGGUGGGCAACACUGGUGGGUGGGCACAGGUAGGUGGCACUGGUGGGCACAGGUGGGUGGACACAGGUGGGUGGCACUGCUGGGCACAGGUAGGUGGCACUGCAGAGUGGAACAGGUGGGUGCACUGCUGGGCACAGGUGGGUGCACUGCUGGGCACAGGUGGGCGGAACUUGCGGGUGGCACUGCUGGGCACCGAUCAUCAGGGCACUGAUCAUCAGUGCCCUGAUGAUCGGUGCCGAUCCCCGCUCUGACAAUUGCCGGUUCUCGGCAGUACUUUCCUCACGAUCUGACAGCGUGAGGAAAGUGCAGCCGAGAACCGGCACUUGCAU